AUGAAGGUAUUCUGGCUCUUAAUCAGCAUCUUAGACACAUACCUUAGAUCCAGAUUUUAGUGGGAAAACCAAUUCUCGGUAUAAAUUCAAGGCUAGAACAUUCAGGAAAGGACAGUUCAUCAACCCCAUGAAGAUCGUUGAUAAAAGCAUGAAGAGUCCGAAAAAGUUGAGCCUUAUUCCGAAUAUUAGUCCAUCAAGUAUUCAUAAAAGAGAGGAAAAGAUUCAUAGAUCUCUCAAUUCUUUCAAUAAGACUAGAACGUACUUGAAAAAUAAAAUACGUGAGAAGUUUGAAAACUCGCUAGAAGAUACUUCUAAGCAGAAUCAGAGCAAAAAUGAAAUAAUCGAGAUUAUAAACCUGGACAAAGUCAUGACUCAGGACCUCAACAGCUUAUCAAAUGAAAAUGAGAGCACAAAAUAGUCUAUUUCCCUUAAUUGAGAAGUCAAAGGAAGAGACAGAACGUCCCAUUGAGGUCCAAAAUACUAUACGGAAGCGCAUUCAACAAAAUCGGUCCUGACAAGAGACCUCCCAAGCCUUAAAAAUGACCCCAAUGCAAAGGGUAAUCAAUAGAGAUACCAACCUCAGUAUUUUAAAUCUUACAAAUGAUUCUGACUUUCUGGUGCCUAAAAUUACCAAGAUGACUACAUAUAAACGUAAAUUUAACCUUCCUGAGAACUUCAAACCUCUUGAGAUGAAGAAGAUAAAGUCUAAAAAGUUAAAUGUGUCUCCUAAAUGGGCAAAGAGGCACUGAAAUUUGAAGAUGAAAACCCAAUCAACUUCAUAUGGUCCUGGUAGCUUCCUAAUCUCCCAGCUCAAUAUGACUGCAAAGAAUAAGUUCCAAAAGAAAGAUGCAUGAAUGGGAACUAGUACAGUCUACAAACCAAGAAAGAAGAAUAACAAUGACCUGGCACUUUUCCAGCCUGCUUCUUUAGAGACUACUAGGCACAAAAUAGUUACGCCUAAGAAUGCUACCAUGGUUCAGGUGAACCAAAAGGAGAGCCUUAAAGAGGAAUCUCCAAGAAUCUGGCUGUAUCGUAGUGUUAAGAAUAGAAAAAGUAGUCAUAAAAUAAAGUUCAGAAAUAUUGUGAACAAGUACAUCAUCGAUAAGCUUGAAGUGAAUAGAGUAAAUAACAGCACUGAUUCUCUUAAUGAUAUCCCCAGUGAGCCUCGGCUUAAGCCGAAGUUAUGCUAA